UUGAGCUGCUGCAAAUUGUGUGCAUGUGUCUCGUUGCGUUGUCGCCUGCCUCAACUUGAAAUAUGAGAUAGUGUAAGGGUUUCAUAAACUCUACCAAAGGCUAGUCUGAUGGUAAGAGACAGGCUGUGAGUAUAUAUGUUUGUUUGAAACGAAAGAAGGAAGCAGAUACCACGGGCCACAAGUCAUGCCCAUAUCGGUAUGAAGGAGCGCGUGUGUAUGUGUGUGAUCCUAUGGUGCAACCAUGGUAAGAGCAGCAUUGACUAAACUGCUCAUCCUCGUGAUCAUCAUCUUCAUCCUCUGCCUCCCAGAAUUCUUUACGGUAUACAGAGUAUCAAAAGUUAAAUUCCUCUGUCUGCCCUACCGAACCUGUGAACAAGAGAAUCAGGUGAAGAAAGGGGAAAAAGACGAGAUUGGAGAUGCUGAGGUUAGAAGAAAGGUUAUCUGCGACCCCUCUCAGACUCCAGGAGAUGAAAAAUGGGAGCAGGCCUGCACACAAGAGAGUCAAACCAACAUGACAAAUCCUCUGUCAGACUCCAGGAGAGGCAGUGAAGACCAACAGAUGACCUGGUUCAUGUGUGAGACAGAUAUGGACAUGACAGAAUUACACAGCAACAUGUCGUCUUCAGAUAUAAUGGUUUAUCUUGAGAUGUCAGUAGAAGUUCAACUCAAAGAUGUGGAGUCCCUUAAUUUCACCUUGUACGGACGCAGUAAUCACAGCUCCCUACACCUCUACCCACUUGAAGAGGAGGAGGAGGAGGAGGAAGAGGAGGAGAAGAAGAAGAAGAAGAAGAAGAAGAAGAAGGAUGAUGAAGGGCAGAGGGAGGCAUUCUACUGCUGUCUCCCUGUCCCACCCACCUCAGAGUCAGCCAGUCACGGUCGCUGUCUCCUUUGGCUCGCCAAUCAAACAGUUUUAACUGCAACAGCAAAGGAAAAGCUGCCAUGGAAUCGGACACAGACAGAUGAGUGGCGGUGUAUGUUCAGGGUGCUCUGGCUGGUUCUGCUGUGUGUGCUGCUGCUGACUAUAGUUACAAGUUUGCUCAGUCAAAUCGACUGGAAGAGAUGCUGCUGCAGAAAACCAAAGGUGUGCCCUCUUGCUUAUGACCUCACUGGACAGCAGUUGAAUGAUAAGGAAAAGUACACAGAAAUCAACGCUCCUAAAGGGAUGAUCCCUCACAUCUAUGGGUCCCGGGCUUGGUCCGGACUAUCACCCAUUCAAGAGGUAGACACUCCAGAUGACAUAGAAACUCUGAUGGAUGGAAAUGUCGACCUGUGCUAUACUGCAAAUUUGCAUCAUCGCAGCCAUCCAUCCGUAUCCUAGCAAGCCUGUUGACUUUAUGUACACUGAAUCAAAAUAGAGAUGACUGCAUCACCUUCCAGGAAAAAUAAAAACAUCUGA